AUGAAGGGUGCCUUUCCAACGCUUAGUUGGUUGAUCCUGGGCAUGGCCUGUGUGGCAACCUGCACCAACCCAGUAGCCCAGACAAAGAACGGAAGUUAUUAUGGUGUCUACAUGCCUCAGUAUAAUGAGGACUACUUUCUUGGAAUUCCAUUUGCUAAGCCCCCGCUGGCACACUUACGUUGGGCUAAUCCCGAGAGUGUUAAUGAGUCCUGGUCGGGAUUGCGCCCUGCUACAGGCUAUGCGAUGAGCGAGGAUUGUCUCUACCUAAAUGUGGUCCGUCCCGCUGGAUACGACAAUGCAAGUCUUCCAGUCCUUGUAUGGAUUCAUGGUGGCGGUUUCGCACAAGGCGGCACUCCCGACCUCCGUUACAAUCUUACAUUCAUAGUUAAACACUCACUCAACAUCGGCCAGCCAAUCAUCGCAGUAAGCAUUGCGUAUCGUCUCGGUCCCUGGGGAUUCUUCAAUGGGGUUGAACUCGCCAAUGAAGGAUCGUUGAAUCUGGGGCUCAAGGACCAGCGCCUGGCCUUGAACUGGGUGAAAGAGAACAUCGCAGGUUUUGGUGGUGAUCCAGAUGAAGUCGUGAUUUACGGGCAGAGUGCCGGCUCCGAGAGCGUGGGAUACCAAAUCCGCGCGUACAACGGGCGGGACGACGGGCUCUUCCGUGGAGGUAUGAUGGAGUCCGGCGCGGUGCUACCUGGCAGUGGUUUGAACCUCACCUGGACAUACGAGCCCUGGUUUCAGCAGAUAGCAGAUGAGGCUGGAUGUUCCCAGGCUGUCCGCAAGCUGGACUGUCUACGCCGCACACCCUUCACUGUCCUGAACAAUAUCCUGAACACAACUGCUAACGAUACAACGCCUUACAACUGGAGGCCCACUGUGGACGGUGAUUUCGUGGCGCGGUAUCCCAGUGAGCAACUCGAUAGCGGAGACUUUGUCAAGGUGCCUAUUAUAAUCGGCUACACUACAGACGAAGGAACUACAGAGUGCCCGGAACCAGUGAACACCACUGCCGAAUUGAAGAACUACCUCAGCUCAACAACAACCUACGGUUGGGCCCUCGACGAGCGCGUUGUAUCCGAGCUACUCGAGCUCUACCCCAACACCACCGACUUCGGCAUCCCUUCAUCCGAAGAACUCGGCGGCAAUGUCACCUUCCCACAGCCCUACGGUGCCGCAUUCCGCCAGACAGCAGCAUACUACGGCGACGCCCAGUUCAUAGCCGCAACCCGCUACACCUGUGAGCUAUGGGCAGCACAUAACCUAAGUGCAUACUGCUACCGAUUCAACACCAAGACAGACGAUUACAAUUGGGAAGAAGGCGUGGCGCAUUUCUCAGACUUGAUUUUCAUAUUCAACAACCUCAAUGGUUAUGGGUUCAGUCCGAACCCAUUCAUCAAUGCUCCAGAGAGCUAUACUGAUCUUAGCUACCUCAUGUCGGGCUCGUGGAUCAGCUUCGUUAGUAGUCUAGAUCCUAAUGCGUGGACUGGACGUGGGCGGAACGCCACGCAGACGGAGAACUGGCCCGUGUAUGACCUAGAGAACCCGAUGAGUAUGAUCUGGGAUGCGAAUGUCUCGUCGUAUGCGGCUCCGGAUACUUGGCGUAAGGAGGGCAUUGCGCUGAUUAAUGCCAAUCGGAGAGCAUACCAGAGAUGA